CUAAGGGCCCCGAUUAGCACAAAUGAAAAACCUUGUAAUUCCUGUAUUACCCCCGGAGGCUACAAGAAGAAACGCUCAUAUAAAUCGUUAUGUGGUGAUGUCAAAUCCGUAAUUUUAUUCAAGAAAUUCAAAUUUUAUUUCCUUUUUAAGUUUUUGGGCACAUAAACAGUCCCAGAAAAAGGUCCCUUUGAGAAUUGCAGCUAUGGCAGAAAAUAGUCCCUUAAAAGUCAUCAAUCAAGAAGAUGAAGAAGAGAAAAGAAUACAACAUUAUUCUUCAUAUCAUCAAAUACUAUUAGUUGGUGAAGGAGAUUUCUCUUUUUCUCUCUGUUUAGCUCACUCUUUUGGCAACGCUUCUAACAUUUUUGCUUCCUCUCUUCGAUCAUAUGAUGAUGUGAUCAAAAUGUACAAGAAUGGAGAAUCAAACUUAGAAAAGUUGAAAUCUUUGGGAGGAAGUAUCUUGCAUGGUGUGAAUGCAACUAAAAUGCAGCAUCAUCCUGAUCUAAGUAACCAGAAAUUCGAUCGGAUAAUUUUUAAUUUUCCUCAUGCAGGGUUUCAUGGCAGUGAGGAUAAUAAACAUCUUAUCCAAAUGCACAGGAAUCUUGUGAGAAGUUUCCUUUGGAGUGCAAAAAAGAUGUUGAGUGUCGGUGGUCAAAUUCAUGUUGCCCAUAAAACGACUCCUACAUACAACCGUUGGGAUCUUGUUGGACUCGGAAAAGAAAACUCCUUGAUUUGUAUUGAAUGUGCAGAAUUCAGGGCUGAAAAUUACCCUGGUUACAACAACAAAAUGGGAGAUGGUCCAAAAUGUGAUGAGCCUUUUCACCUGGGUGAGUGCCAGACCUUCAUGUUUAUACUCGACCUAUCUCGUAAGAAUGUGCCAAUGACAAAACAAAAGAAACACAAUUUACAUGAGCCAUCUCGUAAGAAUGUGCCAAUGACAAAACAAAAGAAACGCAAUUCACAUAAGCCAUCUCAGAAACUUCAAAAAGUUCCCAAACACAAUUUACAUGCGCCACCUCAGAAAUUUCAAAAAGUUCCCAACUCCAUAAGUCCUCCAAUUUACUCCUUCCAGCAGCAACCAAGUUGGAUUGACCGGAGAAAUUCUCCAACUUAUGUUAGUGACAAGAAUGGUUGUCCGAGUUUACCUGCAAGGCAUGACAACAAAAGUGAAUGUGUUAGGAUCUUUAAGCCGUAUUUCAGUUAUAUUCAAGAAAAUUUUGGAAGAGAGGAAAUUGGUGUUGAAGUUUCAGUUCGUCAAGCUCUGCAGCAUGCUUCUUUGAUGUACAGGGCUGAGACCGAGAGGCCCCCGGAAGCUUACUUGAAACUUUUGAAAGAGCUUCGUUUUCUGAGCCAGUCCAGAAUUUCAAGGUUACGACAGAAGCUUCAAAAUCCCGAUCGAAGACUGUGGUGAGCAACAAGGUACAAAAGUAUAAAUUAUGUGUCUAAAGUGAAGUAGUAGAUAUGGAUAUGCAAGUAUCUGUUGUUGACUAACUACUAUUCUCCGUGUGUGUCUCUUUGUUUUACUGAAAGAACUUAAUCACCGACGAAUGUUGUGUAAAGUUAAGGUUGAAUUAUGUGUAGCAAAGUUUGAAAUAUGAUUAAGUAAUAUGCUGUGAUACUAACUGUAGUUUGAUGUGUUCUAAAAAUGGGCGGGUUGGGCAGAAAUUGACCCAAUCAAAAUGGGCUG